UCCAUAUAGUUGGCACCACUUCGUGGCCACUGAGAAAGUGAGAAAUGGCGGCGAUAGCUCGCCUGCACCUCCUCCAGCCACCGCCGGCCGCCGUGAACACUUCCGUGCUUUUCUCAAAACUCCCUCGCCUCUCUCCCUUCUCCAACCCUAAUUACAGUCUCUGCUACACUCGUGCUCGUAAACCCUCGCUGAGUCGACGACUCUGCUCCAACUCGGAAUCAGUCCCCGAGAGCUCUCCAACUUCUGGAGCGAGUGCGUCCAUAGUUGGCGGUCUUCUGGAUUAUCUCAACGAAUCUUGGACUCAAUUUCAUGCUACAGCUGAAGCAAAACGACAAUUGAUUGCUGCUGGAUAUCACUUGCUGAAUGAAAAUGAUGAAUGGGACCUAAAGCCUGGAGGACGGUACUUAUUUACAAGGAAUAUGUCUUGUUUGGUUGCCUUUGCAGUUGGAGAAAAGUACCGCGGCAGCAAUGGUUUUCAUGUAAUUGCUGCGCACACUGAUAGUCCAUGUCUAAAACUAAAACCAAAGUCCGCAUCUUCCAAAUCAGGCUAUCUCAUGGUCAAUGUGCAAACUUAUGGAAGUGGUUUAUGGCAUACAUGGUUUGAUAGAGACUUGAGUUUAGCUGGAAGGGUCAUAGUGAGAGAGAAAGACGGUUCUUUUCUGCACAAGCUCAUUAAAUUGAAAAGGCCUAUUUUACGAAUACCAACAUUGGCCAUUCAUCUUGACCGAACAGUGAACAAGGAUGGGUUUAAGCCAAACCUAGAGACUCACCUUGUUCCCUUAUUAGCAACAAAGCUUGAGGAUACAUCUUUGGAUCCUAAAGAGAAAAGUAAUAUUUCAAAAGCUGCGCAUCAUCCCAUUCUUAUGCAGAUUUUGUCGGAUGAGCUGAGUUGUGGCAUCGAAGACAUAGCAAGUAUGGAGCUGAACAUUUGUGAUACCCAACCCAGUUGCCUCGGAGGUGCUAACAGUGAAUUUAUUUUUUCUGGAAGAUUGGAUAAUCUCGCUUCUAGUUAUUGUGCAUUGAGAGCUCUUAUAGACUCAUCUGGAACACCCGGUGAUUUAUCAAGUGAGCAUGCAAUUCGGAUGAUUGCUCUUUUUGAUAACGAGGAGGUGGGUUCAGAAUCAGCUCAGGGAGCUGGUGCUCCAACCAUGUUUGAGGCUAUGAGACGUAUAGUUGGUUGCCUAGCUCAAGAGUAUGUAGAGGGUGCUUUUGAGCGUGCAAUCCGCCGAUCUUUUCUUGUGUCUGCUGACAUGGCUCAUGGAGUUCACCCAAAUUUCAUGGAUAAGCACGAAGAACACCAUCGCCCAGAAUUACAAAAAGGGCUUGUCAUCAAGCACAAUGCAAACCAGCGCUAUGCCACCAGUGGAGUUACGGCUUUCCUUUUCAAAGAAGUUGCAAAAAUUCAUAACCUACCCACUCAGGAAUUUGUGGUGAGAAAUGAUAUGGGUUGCGGAUCAACCAUAGGUCCCAUACUUGCUUCAGGUGUUGGAAUCCGUACUCUUGAUUGUGGCAUUGCUCAGCUUUCCAUGCACAGUAUAAGAGAAAUAUGUGCGAAAGACGAUAUCGACAUUGCAUACAAGCAUUUCAAGGCAUUCUAUCAAACGUUUCCAAGCGUAGACAGAAAAUUAGAAGUGGAUUAGCAAGUUUUUAUUCCAAGACCCAUUGAGGAUGAUAUCAGUUUUGCUUUCUCUAGAGAGUAGAAUAAUUCAAUGUUGUUACACAAAAAUGAACACAAUAAGAUGUAUCCAUAUGUUAUAAUUUUGUUGGGGAGAAAAUACUGAAGGACAUCAUAUGUACGGUUUUCCAUGGAAGCACGAGGGUUUUCUUUGGGGA